GGGCACGAGGCCAUCGUCAAAUUGUUGCUCGAGACGGCCCAAGUCGACGUUGACUCGGAGGACAGCUCCGGCCAGACGCCGCUGUCAUGGGCCUCUAAAAACGGGCAUAAGGCCAUCAUCAAGCUGCUACUCGAUACUGGCAAGGUCAAUGUCGACUCGAAGGACGGAUCCGGCCAGACGCCGCUGUCGUGGGCCGCUGAGAACGGACACGAGGCCAUCGUCAAACUGCUGCUCGAGACGGGUCAGGUCGACGUUGACUCGAGGGACAGCUCCGGCCAGACGCCGCUGUGGUGGGCCGCUGAGAACGGGCACGAGGCCAUCGUCAAGCUGCUG